AUGGCAGGCGCCACUGCCUGGAAGCAGCUGAAGCACCUGAGGCACCGAGAUCUUCUGCUGGGAACCCUGCUGCGUGCGUUUGAGCGAGACCAGAUGGAGUGCCGAGUGCUUCAGUCUGAAGCUUUCCGGCCUCAUCUGACACGUUGGGCCGAACUGUUGGUUGCUCGAGGCGCUUCUGGGGCGCAGGCCAAUCCACAAGAGGUCCCAGCAGAAAUCCUCGAAGGAGCUAAGCAGAGCUCCGCAGAAGUUCGCUGGCUGCUCCGUCGACUGAGUGGAGACAGACAUCACCGUGGCCUGCCGCACUUUCCAUCCACUCUCCUGCAGCGAGGGCCACAGUAUCCCUUUCAGCCAUUUGAGCUGACCUAUUUGCGCUCCGUGGUGGGUGGCAUCCGGGGCACUGAGCUCGUUCAGAAGCUGGAUCUGCCAGAGCCCACCGACGAAGCAAAGGCCAGGGCGGAAGAGGUCCAUCGCGGUGCUCCCGUUCGCGACCUUUGGGCUGAAGGCUGCCUGGAUGACGACGAUCACAGGGAUCCCUCCAAGCCCCCGAGAUGA